AUGUCCGCAGCUCCUGCGUCAAGCGGAGGGACAGCAGCAGGAGGAGGAGGGGGCGGCGAAAACAAGGGCAACCGCCUUGCCGAAGAAACGUCCCCAUAUCUCCUUCAGCAUGCGCAUAACCCAGUGGACUGGAUGCCUUGGGGGCAAGAAGCGUUCAGUCGGGCCAAAGAAGAGGACAAGCCCAUUUUUCUGUCCGUGGGGUACUCAACAUGUCACUGGUGCCACGUGAUGGAACGCGAGAGCUUCGAGAGCCAGACCGUGGCGAAGGUGCUCAACGAGAACUUCGUGAGCAUCAAGGUGGAUCGGGAGGAACGUCCGGAUGUGGACCAGUGCUUCAUGACCUUCGUGCAGGCCACCUCGGGGGGAGGGGGCUGGCCAAUGAGCGUGUGGCUCACGCCGGACCUCAAGCCGUUCGUGGGCGCGACUUACUUCCCAGAGAUGCGGUUCGUCAGCAUCCUCAAGACGCUGGCGGACAAGUGGUCGAGCGACAGGGAAGAGGUGGUGAAGCAAGGGGACCACAUCGUUCGCCUUCUGCAGGAGCGGCUGUCGGAGACGGCGGCGGCAAGCGGAGAUCCGCUGGCGUUUCUGGCUCUCGACAAGAGCAGGGAGGCGGUGCGAGAAGGGGUUCGGGUGCUGGACAAGGGCCAUGAUGACGUGCUCGGGGGAUGGGGCGGCGGCAGAGGGGGGAUGAAGUUCCCGCAGCCAAGCAGGAUGAACCUUCUGCUUCGCGCGCACCGCCUGGAGGGGGAAGGAAGCGCCCUCGGCGCCAGAGCCCUGGCAAUGGUGGAGACGACCCUGAAGGCCAUGGCCAAGGGGGGCAUCUACGACUAUCUCUUUGACGGGUUCGCCAGGUACUCUACCGACCCGCGUUGGCACGUUCCGCAUUUCGAGAAAAUGCUGUACGAUCAGAGCCAGCUUGUGACCGCUUAUGUGGAAGCCUUCCAGGUCACCGGCGACACUGCCUACGCUGACGUGGCUCGUGGUGUGCUGCGGUACGUGCUGAGGGACAUGACCGACGAGGGCGGGGGCUUCUACAGCGCGGAAGACGCCGAUUCCCUUCCCUUCGAAGGAGCGACAGAGAAGAAGGAGGGAGCAUUCUGCGUGUGGACGGAGCCGGACCUAAGGAGGUUACUCGAUGGCGAAGAAGGCGUUGCUCUCCCCGGCGAGGGGGGCCAAACCGUACCGGUGUCAAGUCUCUUCUGCAGGGUGUACGGCGUUCGGCCCGAGGGAAACGUCGACCCGGCCGUGGACGCGCACGGGGAGCUCACCAGCCAGAACGUUCUCUUCAAGAGCGAGACCGUCCGAGUGGCUGCGGAAGCAUUGGGGCUCACGUGCUCGGGCGAAGAGGCGGAGGCGGCGAUGACCGGCGCGCGCGCCACCCUCGUGGCCGCCCGCAGGAAGAGGCCCGCUCCACACCUGGACGACAAGGUCCUCACCUCCUGGAACGGGCUCAUGAUAUCGGCCUUGGCCAGAGCGUCACAAGCGUUUUCGUCUUCCCCACCUUCCGAGGAGAGCCUGGCCUACCUCGGGGCCGCUACAAAGGCGGCGGAGUUCGUGCGGGAGAACUUGUACCGGUCCGGCUCCGGCGACGGAGAAACUGCGGGAACACUUCUACGCAGCUGGAGGAAUGGCAGGGCUUCGCCGGUGGAGGGGUUUGCAGAUGACUACGCGUUUCUCAUUCGGGGCCUGAUCGAUCUCUAUGAGGCUGACCCGAGGAGAGACACUGGCUGGCGUUGGCUUCGAUGGGCGAGGGAGCUACAGGCUGAGAUGGACGAGGGUUUCAAGUGCCCUUCGGAGGCGGGAGGCGGUUACUACAGCUCCAGGGCGCUGGAGAGCGAGGGCGAAACGAAGGGGGACGGAGAGACAGAGGGGGGUAGCGGCUCUGGCGUCCUGCCCUACCGCCUUCGGACGGACUACGACGGAGCGGAGCCGGGGGCAGGGUCCGUUGCCGCCGACAACCUCCUCCGGCUUUCAGGAUACUUCGGGGGGGAGGAGGGGAAAGUCCUGAGAGAGAAGGCCGCCGAGCAGCUCGCCGCCGCCUUCGCCCUCCCGGAGACACCGCAGGCGUACCCCGAGCUGACGGCCUCGCUUGUGACGGCUUUGCUCGGCCCGAAGCAGGUCAUCAUCUCCGGAGAUCCUGCCGGCGCGGAAACGCAGGCUCUCAUGAGCGCAGCGCAGCGUAGCUUCUGCCCGAACCUCGUCCUCAUCGUGGAGGACAGCACGACAAGUGACGACCGCGGCAAGGAGGAAGAAGCAGGGGACGGGAAGACUGGAGACGAGCCACCCCCAUUGUUCCGAGAGAUUUUGGAGGCCUACGGAGGCGGUUAUUCCGCGGGUGAGGGGGGACAGGCGGCCGCGUACGUGUGCUUCGAUAACACGUGCUCAGCGCCGGUGCACACUGUCGAGGCGCUUGAAAAACUGCUCUGAGCAUCUCAGCAGCAGUAGUAGGAGCCCUUCCUCCCGGUCGUGCAUUCGUUGCGGUCUGCUGUACGUUUGCUGUAAGCACGUUUUUUCGGGGAUCGGUUUCAAGCGAGAGGAGCCCGGUGUACUGUUGUCUGUAGAAGGCCUGUUCCGUUGGUGCCCGCGCUCUGGUUAUGCGGGCGAGGGGCGUUGAAACAUCUGUCAGACAUCACCCCCCAGACAGUUCGCUGCCUGGGUCGAUGUUUUCCAAGCCACGCCGAGGCAUUUAGCGUUCAUACCUCCUCCGAACCCAUACGUGAAGUGAUUCGUGUCCACGUCAACGCCCCGAUUCGUUUGGUCAAAUCACUUUCGGUGGAGCUGUUUCGUGAACCCUGUAAUCAAGAGUCAUGCAUACAGGGAUGAAUAGAGGGCGUUUCGUGCAUUUUGUUUCUGUGUCGCGGUUCUUCAAGUGAAAAUGAGCCUGCCCAUAAUUUUGCAAUGUCGUUGUCAUCGCCAUAAGUUGUUUUCCUGCCCGUGGACAAGGGUGAUUUAAUGAAAGUAUUGGAAUUGG